GCCCCGGUGAGUUGCUGGACACGGCCAGCGGGGCUGCCGCGGCUCGGGGGGCGGCUCGGCGCGGUGGCGGUGCGUUCCGCUUGGUUUGGCUCCGUUGCCGGCUCGCUUCGCAUCCGCCUGCCCGGUGUGCUACCCGCACCGCGCCUUCGCCUGCCUGGGAUUUUCCCCUUUCUCCGCUCUUCCCGGAGUUUUCCCGUGCGACGCUGUUGCCCUCUAGUGUUUGCGGACACGGGCUGAGCGCUGGGCUGGGGAGCGAAAUUAAUCACCGGAGUGCGGCUAUACCUUCUGUAAAGCUUUGUGGAAGACAGAUGUGUGCGCUGCAAUGGUGACAUAAAUAUUUCAGAGGACUGGAACAAAUUGUUGAGAAUCUGUGUUUAUUUUUAAUGCUCCUGUCAAGAACAAUCUAAGGCAAGUAAGCAACAUGAGUUUUAUCAUGAAACUACACAGACAUUUUCAAAGAACAGUUAUUUUGCUGGCCACUUUCUGUAUGGUGAGCAUAGUUAUUUCUGCGUACUACUUGUAUAAUGGCUACAAACAGGAAAAUGAACUCUCCGAAAUCUCUUCGGAAGUGGAAUGUGGUGAUCUUCAACUUUUGCCAUACAAGCUGAUGGAGAUGAAGACAAUGAAACCUCUUGAUCCCCUGAGGACAGAACUUGUAGUGCUGGUGUUUGUGGAAAGUCAGUACUCAACAUUAGGCCAAGAUAUAAUAACCAUUUUAGAAUCUAGCAGAUUCCAGUUUCACAUUGAGAUCGCACCUGGGAAAGGUGACCUCCCAGUGCUUAUAGACAAAAACAAAGGCAAAUAUGCUCUCAUAGUAUAUGAAAAUAUCCUAAAAUACGUGAAUAUGGACUCUUGGAACAGAGGCCUUCUAGAUAAGUACUGUAUAGAAUAUGGAGUAGGUGUUAUUGGAUUUCACAAAGGCAAUGAGAACAGCUUGCAGAGCUUUCAGUUGAAGGGCUUUCCUUUCCACGUCCACAGCAAUCUGGGUAUUAAGGACUGUUGCAUUAACCCUCAUUCCCCACUGCUCCAUGUGACUAAAUCUUCUAAGCUUGAGAAAGAUCCAUUGCUUGGAAAUGACUGGGCGGUUUUCCAGAUUAAUCACACAGCUUAUCAACCAGUGAUAUUUGCAAAAGUAAAGACACCAGAAAACCUUUCACCACCUGCCGCUAAAAGUGCUCUCUAUGCCACGGUAAUUCAUGACCUGGGGCUCCAUGAUGGGAUUCAACGAGUCCUUUUCGGCAAUAAUUUGAAUUUUUGGCUGCACAAGCUGAUUUUCAUAGAUGCCAUCUCUUUCCUGUCUGGAAAGAAGCUCAGAUUGUCCUUGGAUAGGUACAUUCUGGUUGACAUAGAUGACAUCUUCGUUGGGAAGGAGGGAACAAGAAUGAACACCAACGAUGUACAGGCCCUGCUUGACACUCAGAAUCUUUUGAGAGCUCAGAUUACAAAUUUUACAUUCAACCUGGGAUUUUCAGGGAAAUUUUAUCACACAGGGACUGAGGAGGAAGAUGAAGGUGAUGACUUGCUGUUGAGGUCUGUGGAUGAGUUUUGGUGGUUUCCUCAUAUGUGGAGUCACAUGCAGCCUCACCUCUUCCACAAUGAGUCCUCACUUGUGGAGCAGAUGAUCCUCAACAAAAAAUUUGCCUUAGAACAUGGUAUUCCAACUGAUUUGGGCUAUGCAGUGGCUCCACACCAUUCUGGAGUCUAUCCAGUACAUGUUCAACUUUAUGAUGCCUGGAAGAAGGUCUGGAAUAUCAGAGUUACCAGCACAGAAGAAUACCCACAUCUGAAGCCUGCAAGGUAUAGACGAGGCUUCAUCCACAAAAACAUCAUGGUGCUUCCUAGGCAAACUUGUGGCUUAUUCACCCACACCAUUUUCUAUAAAGAGUAUCCCGGAGGCCCAAAAGAACUAGACAAAAGUAUUCAAGGAGGAGAGUUGUUCUUCACGGUGGUUCUCAAUCCAAUCAGCAUCUUCAUGACCCAUUUGUCUAAUUAUGGAAACGACCGCCUGGGGUUAUACACCUUUGUGAAUCUGGCCAACUUUGUUCAUACCUGGACAAACCUGAAACUGCAAACUCUUCCUCCAGUUCAGCUGGCUCACAAGUAUUUUGAACUAUUCCCUGAGCAAAAGGACCCUCUCUGGCAGAACCCCUGUGAUGACAAACGGCACAGAGAUAUAUGGUCUAAAGAAAAAACCUGUGAUCGAUUACCAAAAUUCUUGGUUGUAGGACCCCAGAAAACUGGUACCACAGCCUUGUAUUUGUUCCUGAUCAUGCAUCCUUCCAUCAUUAGUAACUCCCCCAGCCCAAAAACCUUUGAGGAGGUACAGUUCUUUAAUAGAAAUAACUACCACAGGGGGAUUGAUUGGUACAUGGAUUUCUUCCCAACUCCUUCUAAUGUCACCACUGACUUCCUCUUUGAGAAAAGUGCCAACUACUUCCAUUCUGAGGAAGCCCCUAAGCGAGCUGCUUCCCUCAUCCCCAAGGCCAAGAUCAUCACCAUCCUCAUUGACCCAUCUGAUCGGGCGUAUUCCUGGUAUCAGCAUCAGCGAUCACAUGAAGAUCCUGCAGCUCUAAAAUUCAGCUUCUAUCAGGUGAUCACAGCUGGACCUCGAGCUCCGUCCGAGCUUAGAGCUCUCCAAAAGAGAUGCCUAACGCCUGGAUGGUACGCUACACAUAUUGAAAGAUGGCUAACUUACUUCCCACCUUACCAGUUGCUAAUUAUCGAUGGACAGCAGUUGAGAACUGACCCAUCUACCGUAAUGGAUGAAGUACAGAAAUUUCUGGGAGUCUCUCCUCAUUAUAACUACUCUGAGGCCCUAACGUUCGAUUCACAUAAAGGUUUCUGGUGUCAGCUCCUGGAAGAAGGAAAAACAAAGUGUCUUGGAAAGAGCAAAGGUAGAAAAUAUCCUCCUAUGGAUUCUGAGUGCAGGGCUUUUCUGUCAAGCUACUACAGAGAUCACAAUGUGGAACUGUCAAAACUCCUACACAAAUUGGGACAACCCCUGCCAUCAUGGCUGAGACAGGAGCUACAGAAAGUAAGAUAGCAUUGAAGAAAGGCUUUUUGAAAUCUCUCUUCCACAGUUCAGUCAUCAUACCUAAAGUCUCUCCAGUAGCUACCAGAAGGUCUUGUAAGAGAAUCCUCUUCAAAAAAGAGCAAAAGGUAGACAUUAUUUCCAUAUGCUGGCAUGUGGAUUGUGGAAAAUACGUGCAUUUCUUAGAGCUCUGGAGGGCCAAAUCUUUCUCAUAAAUUUUUCUGGGCCUGUGGACUUGUGGACUACUGUGCACAUAUGUGGAAGUUAUUUGCAACUGGUUUAAGCUUCUGAGAUACAUGACCUAUCCAAUUUCACGGUAAAUAUUUACAGUUUUAUAUAUCAGUUUAAAAGUAUUGUGUCUCAUGUAGGUUUUGUAGCCCGUUGUUAGACCACUGAUGGUUUUUCUCAUUAUUUGAUUAUCGUUUUGCAUAAAAUAAGAAAACUUAAUGUAACACAAAAUGCCAGGUGUAUUUCUGCCUUUGGAAUCAGUUUGCUAAUAUCCGAAGUGUGUAGUAACAAGGGUGAGAAGUACACAGCAACAAAAUACACGGAGCAAAAUCUGGAAGCCACAGGCAAAAGCAGUGUGGAACAAACAAACACACACACACAAAACUUUACCUGUGAUUAUAGCGACAAGGCCCUGCAGUGCGCUAGAGGCCUUUGUCCGUAAUUACUAUGUCUGAUUUUGUACCAACUGAACUGGCAAAAUACAGAAUAUAGCCAUUAUCUGACAGAAAUUUAAUUGGACAUGUGAAGCUUAAAAGUUGCAGUGUAAUCCUUAUGAGCAGUAUUACGUUUCAACAAUUGUGAACCAGACAGAAGCAGUGCAAUGAGCAGGCUUUCACUUCUGGUUUCUGUGAGUGGCCAGAUCUGGAUACUGCUUUCAGAACUGACACUGCUGUGAGUCAGGAGUGAAUGAAAAACUAGUAAAGAGCAGAAACAGAUCCAUACUUAGAUUGCCUUAAUUUGCACCACUAUUUUUUUUCCUUAAUUUAUUUGUCUUCCAUCUAUGUUUUGUGUAUUCCAAGAUCCCUCAGCCUGAUCUAAACUGUAGCAUCUUUUAGUAACCUUCAGUUUAUGUCAGCUGCAAAAUCCUACUAGAUUUCCAGAUGGAAGUACUGGUUCUAGUUCCACAUAUUUUAAACAUGUUUGGUAUUAAAUAUUAGAAAUAAGCUUUAAGGGAAAAAAAAAAAACCCAAUAUGUAGUCACGAUAGAAAAUUACAGUCUAAUGGCAAACACAAAUAUCCAGCCUUACAUUCAUGUGACACGUGUCAGUGGUACAUCUCACAGUGCAUCGGUUGAGAUGUGGAUAAAGUCUAAUAAAUAGUACUUAAUAGUUGAGAAGGAAGAUCAAUGAGAAAUUCAGCUGAGUAUGGCCUUAAUGCUUGUCCACUCAGCUUUAGCUCUGAGUGUUUCUAAAGGCAUGAAGAGGUGGUGAAAACAAAACCUACAGAACUAAAUGCAAUGUUUUUAUAGUAGCUCUAUAAUAUUAUCACAAUUUGUUUUAGGGUAAAUCGAUAAAACCAUGCAUCAAAUGGUGGAAAAACUUUAUAUGUCUCAGUGCUCUUUUACAACAUUCAUGUAAUUAUAUAAUUUAACUUUCAAGGUAAUGGAAUGGAAACCAGUCUGUUAUUCCCUAAACAGAAAACAGAUGUUGAGAUCCUUACUGUACCUCUAAGUGGUAAUUUUUAUUAUUUAUUGUUUUUGUCUAUGUAAUACCUGGGUUUGAUAGGCCUGUAAAGAAAAAAUCUAGACAAAUUUGCUGUAUAUAACUAUUCUUUGUGCAGCACAUUUUUGCUAAGGGAGUAUGCAUGAUUAAUGAUGAGGACCUACUAGAGUAGACAUUUUUAAAGAUGAACAUCUUUAUUAUUUAUUAGACAGAAUGGGAAAUUUUCAUUUCACUUUAAAUAUUCACUGGAAUAUGGAUUAAUCACAAAAGCUGACUUGUCUUAAAAUACUUCUUAUUUGAUAAAAGAAACACUCUGGAUUCUGAACAUCUGUAAAAGCAAAUACUCUGCAUGCUAUGGACAGCUCACGCAUCAGGCAAGUGUCUAUGUAGAUUUAUUACAACUAGAAUGAAUAACUGGAGAAAAUACCUGGGGGAUUCAUCCUGGUGUGAUUGAUUUUACCCUUGAUAUAACUUGAUGUAACAUCAUUCAAACAUUUCUUUAAAAAUCUGCAGGGACUGCACGAAGUUCCUGGUUUGUGCACUGCUGCCUCAGUUAUUCCAUGCGAACAGCAAAAAGAAAACAGGAAAAACCUUGGGCACUACCAAGUGUAUGAAAUUUUCAUGGCGAGAGGACUUUCUGCACACAAACUGAGUGCCUCCUGUGUACAGGAGUAAUGGCCUUCAGCCGCAUUCAUAGUUUGUUCUAGGUUUUCAAGAACUCCCUUCGUCUUCUUUGUCUGGGAAAUCGAGGUCCCCACAGAAUGAGAAUGAGGGGUCAGUCAGGGAGAGAGUGGUGAUGGAGCACACAUAUUGGUCGCAUUGUCCCUCCAGGAAUUUUACGACAGGCAAGGUUAUGUGUCUCAGAUCUGUGGACAACCUCUGUGAGUCCUCUCUGAGGUAACGGCAAGGAGGCCCCUACCAUUAUUGGUGGUCCAGUAGAACAGCCCAGCUGCAGUCACCGUGUAGCGUUGGGAGGAUGAGCCUCCCACGUGCACAGCUUCAGCCUUGGGUGGACGAGGCUUGGUUUGGCAGCUAAACACAAAUCUCAUCCUCUGGGAAGGAGUGCCAUGGUCACUCAAGUCCUGAUGAGGAACAUCAAGGUGGAGCUCUUGUAUCCUCCCAAUGCCCUUGACUAAGGGUGGAAAUCAGGAACAAAAUGAGUAAAUUCCUAGGGAAAUCUUCAGUGGAUUCCUGUGGUAACUACCCAUACUGUGAAUAAAGUAGCUGGACCUGGAAAUGUGCAUCUGAAAGGGCGUGAUAUUGAAGCUCACAUUGAGAUGCAGCUGUUAAGCACCAGCAUCUUUAGAAGAGGCACUGUGGGAUUAGCUUUUUGUACCCUGGUGGGGGCAGUCCCAGACACAAAAGCAGUAGAGAAGUACAGGCAAACUGAUGGUCCUCCUUGUAGUUCAGGAUUUCUGAGUUUCACUUAAUACCUGUUUAUACAAAGAUGAAGAUGGUGUGAAGCCAAUUUCUCUUUUCUCCAGAACCAUUCUAUUUAAAUAUGUUUUUACAUUUAACAGGAGACUUUAAAAAAACAGAACGACUUUUAAUGUGCAGCCAGCUUGGUGAAGAACAAAGAAUCUGAGCAAAGCAUGCAGACAACAGCUAUGAUUUUGAUUCCCAAAAUCAUAGGAUGCACAUGAGUACAGAUGAGUAAGCAAGUCAUACAACAUGAAUUAUCUGACCAAGUUUAACCUCUUCUAUUGGCAGCUUACCUACGGUCAGUGUUUGAUUUCCAGAAAUAGGCUAUCAGUAUCAACACUCUUAAAAAAUACUGAUUCAUUACAAUGAAUUUGCAUUUGCUGGUCAAAGUCACCUGUUUUGUUGUGGUUGGGAACACAGCCAUGGUUUCUGUUCCCCUGGUAGAUAAAUACAGAAGGAAUUUCUUUAACAAAUGUUUGAUUAUGUGAGCUUCACCUUUAUGUUAAUGUAUAUGAUUCUGAAAUUUGCUUUCUGCAGACACCUGUGGUAUUAAAAGUCAAUGUGUGAUUAUGAGCAGAAAGUGACCAUUGAGGGGGGCUGUAAACACAGAGCCUGAUAUGAAAUCACUUAAUUAUUUGAGCAAACAUUCCUGAAAAUACUGUGAUAUUCUCCCAGUUCUAUUUGUGCAGAAAGACUUUAGUUUCAAUGUUUUGCAGACUAUCUUGUACAGAAUAUCCUUUUUCAUUGCUUAAAAAUGUGAAACUUCCUCAGGAAGAAAUUAAAUAGCUAUUUCAAUGUUUAUAGAUGUAAUACUCUUGUCAUUCACAUUGAAUGAAAAUUGCUGGAAACAUUUUUCUCCAAGUUUUUUAAAAUAAAAAAUAGAUAUUAUUCUGAUAGUGGCAUGGUAUCUGAAGUGCAACAAUAAACUCUGAUAAGAAAAUGUACUGCUCUGUGGAGG